ACUGCGAAAGGGGAAGUGUACGCAGCUUCAAAAGCAGUGUAGUAGAGCUACAUCAAACAACCACUGAAGGAUCUCAAAUCAUGAGUACUGAAGCAAGUGAGCAAACAGUGAAGACAAAGGAAGCAGCAGCUGCUGGUUCAAGUUCAGCUCCCGUGACAGGAGGGUGGAAAUGCCCCUUAAGUGAUGCCCACGUCCACAGUGAAGAUGUGAGGAAGAUUUGGAAAGAAUGCCACGAGGAAAGCUUCUGGUACAGAGCGCUUCCUCUCUCUCUGGGCAGCAUGGCUGUCACUAGUGGCUUCAUCUACAAAGGCAUUUGGAAAUCAUCACAGCGAUUUGGUCCCUUGCCAAAACUCGCAGUUGCAGGGAUCCUUGGAUAUGCAGUGGGGAAGGCUUCCUACAUGGGAACAUGUCGGAGCAAAUUCCAAGAGCUUGGCUUUCAGGGCGGACCUGGGUUUGGACCUGGGUUUGGACCCUGGUCAAAGAGAGAUCACCCUGGUCACAGACACGGGAAAGGCAGAUCCUGCCACCACGUCUGUGAAGAAUGUAAGAAAAAUGCUCCAGCAGCACCAGCUGAACAACCUUGAAGCCCCAUGGGAGGACAGUAACACUCAAAACACUGAUCGAGAGACUGCCUACAUAGAUCAAUCAAUUUCAUAUCAUAUUUCUUAAAUAAAAGCCAUAAAC